GCUUUAUUAUUUGUGUUAGGAAGGAAAGACGAAGAGAAUUUUUAAGGAGACUUGGGGACUUGGGGAAAAAAAUAGAUUGGAAAGAGCCAGAAGAAAAACGACACAGCGCUGAGUCUGCAGAAAAGACGGCUUUUUUAUUUCGACAAAAAGAGUCUGGCAGUGAUUAAGUCACCAUGACAACAGAACUGCAGGAAAUCGCCAUUACUGAGGAGAAGCCUUUACUCCCAGGGCAGAUGGACCCAGUGAAGGAAGCAGAACUUGCUGCCAGAAUUCUGCUGGAUCAAGGGCAGGAGCACAGCAUUGAGACCCCCUAUGGUAUGAUCCACGUAACCAUUCAUGGCACCCCAAAAAGCCGACGCCCUGCUAUUGUGACCUAUCAUGAUGUUGGACUGAACCAUAAGAACUGUUUUGAAGCCCUGUUUAAGUAUGAAGAAAUGUAUGAAAUUACCAAAAACUUUCUGGUAUGCCACAUUGAUGCCCCAGGACAGGAAGAGGGGGCUGCAGCAUUCCCGUCUGGCUAUCUGUAUCCCUCCAUGGAUCAACUGGCAGAAAUGAUCCCUUGUGUUCUGCAGUAUUUCAAUUUCCGCAGCAUAAUUGGAGUUGGAGUUGGAGCUGGGUCUUAUGUCCUUGCCAGGCACAUGCUGAACAGCCCUGACACGGUUGAAGGACUGGUUCUGAUUAACAUGGAUGCAAAUGCCAAAGGUUGGAUGGACUGGGCAGCACAUAAGCUGACAACUCUGACCUCGACGCUUACCGACAAGCUUCUUACUCACCUUUUCAGUCAGGAAGAACUGUCCAACAAUACGGAGCUGGUGCAGACUUACAAAGAAAACAUCUCGCAUGCCCCCAACCUGUCCAAUAUAGAACUUUUCUGGAAGAGCUACAACAGUCGUCGGGACCUUGAUAUCGAUAGAGGAAGCUCUUUAAAAUGCCCAGUCCUGCUAGUGGUAGGAGACCAAGCUCCUCAUGAGGAUGCUGUGGUGGAAUGCAAUGCCAAACUUGAUCCUACACAGACUUCCUUCCUCAAGAUGGCUGAUUCUGGUGGACUUCCUCAGCUCACACAGCCUGGCAAGCUUACUGAAGCCUUCAAAUAUUUUGUGCAGGGAAUGGGAUACAUGGCUUCUGCCUGUAUGACACGCCUGUCUCGAUCCCGCACAGCCUCCCUGUCCAGCUCCUAUUCGAUUGAUGGAACACGAUCUCGUUCCCGCACCCUGUCCCAGGGCAGUGAGGCCGGCCAGGUGGCCUCAAGCCCCUCCCAGACCAUGGAGGUUUCGUGUUAGAGAGGACCCCCUCCUGGACACUGCCAGGAACUGCAGUGAGUCCUCCUCGGAUCUGAUCUACUGUACCAACGUGACAAUGUUAGCCAUCUCAAAGGAAGGAAACUGCAUUACUACACAAGAGUUACUCACAAGAGGCAUUUUAAAGAUCAACGAUCAAAGAAAUGUUUUUUUUUUAUUGUUUCUCUUUUGUUUGUUUUUAUUUUCUUUUUUGUUUGUUUUAUUUUUGCGUGUUAAUAGCUCUGUGUGGACUUCAGAAUAGGUCUGGACAGAUUGACCAUUCAGUGAUACACAUUUUUAUGAGGAUGACAAAACUUCUUAUUUGUAGACUCCGACUCCUAUUCAGCCCUAAUCAGGCACACGUUGUCUUUUAAAACCAUUGCCUUGAUGAAUACAUACUCUGAGUCUGAGUUUAUUUUUAAUAGAUGAAGUAACCGAUUGAUUGAUUGAAUAAUUAAUGGUGGUACAGCACCUAGGUUUGCUGCCUCACAAAUCAACAGCCCAUGAUUCAAAGCCCGGCUUGAUCACCAUCUCUUUAGAGUUUGCAUGUUCUCCCUAUGUGUAUGUGGGUGUUUUUCCGGGUGGUCUUUUUUUUUUUUUUUUUUUCUACAUCCCAUAAAUAUGCAGGUUAACCUAACUGGCCUGGUGUGAGUAGAUUGCCCUGCAUUGGACUUGUGUCCUGGUUCAGGGUCGACUCCUACCUAGCACUCAGUAAUCUAAAUAUGCUACGUUCCCCACUUCAGAAAAUUAAAUUAAGCAAUCAAUCAAUUAAAUAAUUUUCCAGGUAUAAAAAAAAUUAAUUUGAGAAGUCUCCAGUUAAAAAAAAAAAAAAAAAUGCAGACCUAUUCUAAAUUUUACCACGAGAGUUUUAAACACUUUUUUUAUAACAACAAUAAUAAUAUUGGUAGUGAUUAAAAUUAAAUAAUAAAAAUAAUAAUGAUUAAAUCUUAUAACUAUAAUAAUUAAUAAAAUGUAAUUUUCAUGCUCCUUGCUCUUUUUAAAUCUAACUUUUUUGGCAACAAAAUGGUGCAUAUACAUACAUAAAUAUAUAUAUAUUUUUUCAACCAGAAAUGUGGCAUGUUCAUUUACAUUAACUUUACUUUUGUUGUUUGUUUCUUGGAAGCAUUCGCCCUUUUUUAUUUCUCCUAUUUAUCUCUCUCACUCUCUGUUUCUCUUGCUCUCCCACAUUCUGUCUCUAUAAAUGCAUGCCAUGUCAUUUCUUUUUUUUUAUUAAUCCAAGCAUAAGUAACAUAAAGUUAAAAAUGAAGCAUAGAACUGGGGUUUUGGUUUUUGACAUUGGACUAUUAUAAAUAAAACCUAAAUGAUUAGUGCUUCCAUUAUAUUUUGUAUGCUUAUUACAAGGGGGAGAUCAAGUGUAGAGCAACUUUGUGUCAUUUUUAUAUAUGUGUCUACGUAUAGUCUUCUCCCCAUGGUCUGAUUUAUCUGUCUGUAUGUUUGCUCACCGAAUUUGGCCUUAAAGGGAAGUUACCAGUGGAGGGAGAGCAUUUUAAGGUAUUGGAUUAAAAAAACCACGCAUGUGACCCAGUCAGAUUAAGGUCAGAGUAGAUCCAACUCUUUAUAAAAUUCGGGCUUCUUUAUUUUAGGCUAGAAAAUGUUUUCCUGUCGUGGCAUGGAAACAAGUACAUUGAAGGCAGUUUUAGAAUUUUUGCGGCUCACCUCUUCUUCUAUGGAGUUUCUAGUUUUGAGGAUAUGUUCAACAAGGCUCACUAGCCUAUAAAUGUGCCCUUCAAACGUAUAGUCGAAAUGCAGCAGUCGGGACUAAUCAAUCUUUCUUUUAUCCAGCACACACUUUCAAAGUUCAACUAAAUGAAUAAUCAUGAGGAGAUGAACGUGUAUAAACAACAGGGUAACAUUUGAACGCCGCUUCAUUUCAGACCACCAUGCAGAUGCGCCUAUGGCAAAUCACCUGCUGCUUUCGUGCAGCUUUUUAUUUCUGUUCAUAUUCCGUUGGGAUUUAAAGGUGAAGAUGUCCCAACAUUUUUUUUUUAAUUUGUUUAUAUUUUUGUUAGAUAAUUCAAAUGAUGAAUCUCUGCUCUUUUCCUCCCUUCUUACUCAUUACUUUUUAGGCUGUAUCUUUUAAGAAUCUAAUUGGUGGGUUAAAUGGAGCGCUCCAUUGCUUUCUUCCUUUCACAAAUCCAUCUUAACAAGAGAAUCAAUGAAGGCAGGCAAUUUUAGGAAAUUAAUUGCCAUAUGUAGGUGAGAAGUGAUCCAAAGUGGUUGUCUGCUCUUUAACUGCACCGGGAAGCUUUAGCAGACUACUUUCUAAUUGUAUUUUUCUUUACUUGCAAUACAGAAGUAUAAUAUUAAACUUUGUAUUCACCUGAUUCAUCUUAUCUUAUUAUUUUUUCCUACUUGUCACCAUCUAAUGUAGAAUGUCACUUUCUCUGGUCCACCAUAUGAACAUUUCCUUUCCAUGUAAGUUUAAAAUUUUUUCUUCCUUAUUGUUUCUAACAAUAGAGCUACAACAAGCUAAUAAAACACAUAUAUUUGUUUUUAAUAAUCCAAUAACCUGAAGCAGAUUUUUAACACAAAUCCUGACAUUCAUUAUAGCAAACCAGAGAUAAUGCUUUGAAAUUUGAGACAUGUCAAAAAUAGUACAUUCAAAAAUAAAAAACAGUACUUAUGUGUAACUUAUAACCUUGUUCUGAAAAUGUCCUGCUGUGACUAUACAUACUCGACAAAAAUACAGCAUGUGUGUAGCCCCUUUCUUGUGAAAUGAAACCUCUUGUUACUAAAAGAGGACCAGAAAACUCAUGAUCUUAAAGUUACUAAUAUUAAUAAAUUAAACUUCACAGUUUAAAUAUUGGAAUGUGUCUUGAAUCUUAUUAUUUAAGAAAUACACCAUUUCUUUCUACUGACAUUCUAUCUGCUUGUCUUAAUGAUAGUUUAUGAUUGCAACAAACAAAACAGUCCACAUAGUACCAACAGGUAUUUCUGGAAGUUUCCUGAGACAUUCAACACAUAUAUCAUUUUUUCCAGUGUGUCCUGGGUGUGCCUGUAGGAAUUCUCCAAGUGAAGUGUUCCCGGUACACUUCCGAUGUCAGGUAUCAAUGGGGCAUCUUCAUAAUAUACCCAAACCACUUCAUCUAGCUAAAUAUGGAGAGGCAGUAAAGUUUGUCUCAAAGUGUUAGCCCAGCAGCUCAGCACAUAUUCAUGUGAAAUCAGCGAUGUGGGCUCCCCAUCGGUAAGGCACUAGGUGGUGGGCAUACGUGAUGGCUUAUGCAAAAUGGACUUAGACAUGCUAGACAUUGACAAUGGUAACCUGCUUUUGGAAUGUGAAUUUUUAAACAAAUGCUUGCUUUCACUCUUCACUUCUAUAUUUUUAAUUUAAAGUUUGUAGUCCACCAGUGUGAACAGUCUGCAUUUAGAAUCAGUUUUCUUAUAGAAUUGUGCAAUCAAUGAAGAAAUCCUCCCAUAAUUAAAAUAUAAAGUUGCUCUUUGAGCCUUGAUGCUGUACACUAGGGACUACAAUUCAGUUUUGGCUUUUUUCAUGUGAAUUAACCAUCUGAAAUAUCAAAAUGUACUGUACUGUAUGUUUUAAGAACUAAGCUAACAACUGAGAAUAGAAUAUUCAUUUUAAUAAAAUCAGUUACUUAAACAAAUACAAGGAUGUAAUUUAAAGACGCAUGCACCAUACCCAGACAGUAACUGAACAUUUUUGUAUUAAAAAAAACAUAAAGCAGUACCUGAAGAAUCCCUGUUUCUAGAUAUUUUGGUCUGAAGGUUCUAUUUGGGUCCACCAUAUUAUCUUCACUGCACCUACUGUAGUUAUAGCUAUGCACUACAUUGAAAUGCCUAGCAUUGUAAAACCCAGUAUUUUUCCAAUUUGUAAUUCUCAUUAAAUUAAACCUUAUUUUGAGAUGGACUCUUGACUUUUUUUUUGAAGAUUAUGCUCUCUAAUGCAGUCCCAAAUAAAGUACUAACAUAAUUGAGUGUAUAUGUUAUAUCAAUGCAGAUUUGACAAAAAGUUCACACGGCUGGUCUAUGUGCAGGUUCAGAGUUAUGUGAGCUGGGUGGUUUGUGUUGCUACAAGUCAUGUGGUAUGGUUCAGCUGAAUUGUGGCUGUUGAUUUUGCUUUCAGCAUUCCAUGUUUUGGCUGUCCUGGAUGUACUGAAGAAUUGAUAAGGAUCUAGUGAUCACCGUUGCCGGUGUAUUAAACUUUAAAGUGCUUGAAGUUCAGUCUAAUAGGCCAAAGAUACUGAAUAAGGCUUUGUGGGGCGGUUAAUACAGAUAUACAAGCCAUUAACCAAGAAAUGAUCUGCACCGAUAGCAUGUGAGGUUCAAAUAAGAUUUCCAACUCUUUGAAUUGAACCGAGGCAACAUCACAUAAUACAGGAUAUCUUGCAUGCUUAGGCCUAGUCUUCUUCUUUUCUCUUAAAACUUGUUUUACAGUAUUAACUAUGAAACAUGGGAGUAUUGGCAAACCUACCAUGAGCCCGAUGACCUUUAUAAUUUGGACAGGAAACAAGAAAUUAUUUACUCAGAAGACAUUUAUAGAUUCUUGUUGAGUUCUGUAGCAUAUUGCCAUUGCAAAGUUCAAGUCCUACUUCAUGUUGUAACAAAUUAAUGUUGAAGAACAUAGCUGUUUUCCGAGUGGAAAAUAAAGGAAACUCCAGUUUCAUCUCAUCAAACACAGUAUUAAUAUUGAGAAAAAGCACUGCCAAAUUCUUGUUACCUUUUUUUAAACAAGAUAUCGCUCAAAAUGGCACUCUCAAAUCUGAAAAGCAGACUCUGCAUUAAUAGAAAAACACUAAGCUGAUGACAGAGAAUGAUGAUCUGAGAUGUUGAAGGAAAUCAGGAAAACUUGAUAGUUUCCUCCAGGCGUGGUUCCCUCCAACUUAUUCUGAGUUUUGUCUCAGAGUUUCAAUCCAACCUUAAUGCUAUAGUCUGAAAUGUGAAAUUUGUGGCCAACAACUUGAUUGACAUACCUGGGGAGAACGCUAGUCUGUGUGGUUUAUUAGGAUGAAGAUGUGUGCUUUGCCAUAAUGUAUUGUGAUGUCCUGUGUUGUCUUGUCUGCCACCAAACACUACCCCCACCACCCCACACAUGUUGUUUUUGUUCUUUUUCUAUUAGUUACAAUUGCAGGAGAGCUGAUUCAGACUGUAAAGAGGGAGACAUUUGACUUUGUGAAAGUAAUGUUGCUACUGAAACAUUAAUUUUGCAGUUUUACCACUAAGGGCUAAAUAUACAUUUUCCUGUUUAAUUCUGUGGCGAGAAAUGUUAGGUUUGAAAGCCAUCAAGGAGAUGCAGUAUAGUAUGUAUUAAUAGUAUUAUUUCUAAAUGGACAACUGGGACUCCUGUGGAGCUCAUUUUAACAUUGUUCAUGUUUUAACAUUGACAUGCUGGACUUGUAAGAAUCUUAUAGCCAGUAAACUAUUGCCAGUAAUCUUAAUGCCAGGCGGCAACUGAGGGGUGUUUCGCCCUUUUUGAUGAUUUGCAGCAGCCUGUUUAUUAGAACGGAAAUAAGAAAUUGUUACAGAAUUUUUUUUUUUGUUUCUAUGAUAUAAUUCAUUAACUGUGUGGAAAGAAAACCGUAAUGAGAAUUUACAAUACUUUGCUGUCUUUACACUUAAAAACACAACAAAUAUAUUAACAAGAACAAGAAAUUUCUAAACAUGGUUAUAGUUCUUUGCAGUAUGUGCAACAUCACAAAAGCAUAUUUGUUUAUUUAGAAUUACUGAAGAAUUCUUGAAAUCCUGAUAUUACUGUUGCAGGCUCAAUGUCAAUGUUGUAGACUCCCUAAUGCUACUUUUACUUUUGUCUGUGUGUGUUUAUAAUGAUUGCAUUAAUUGGGUGAUAAAAUAUAUAUUUUACUCUGAAAUGUUCUGAUUACAGUCUUAUCUUUGAAAUAAAAUGUAGCUUUAUGAAAAGCUUAAUUAGGGAUGGUGCUGCCACACAGCUCCAGGGACCUUGAUUCAGUUCCUAGCCAAGUAGCUGCCUGUGUAGAGUUUGCAUGUUUUUGCUCUGAUUUCCUCCCACAUCCCAAAGACAUGCUUGUUACAUUUGCUGAUGACCAUAAGUGGCCCGGUGUGAUUGAGGGUUGUAGUAAGUAGUAGACUGGUGUUUCAUUUAGGCUUAGCUACUGCUUUGUGCCCAGUGUGGCUGGGAUAGUGUGUUUAGAAAGUAGAUUGACAUACUUUAGUAUCUGAAUGUUGUGCUUGGUCAUUAAUGUUCCAUAUGACUACACAAUUCAGGCAUGACAAGAAAUUACUUCAUGGUAAUUUCUUGAGGCCAAUUUCAUUAUUAAACAUUGAGAUAAAAUGACAUUGAUAUAGCAACUACAUUUGAAAGUAUAAGCUGGAAUUUUAUGAAUUUAAAUAAUUGAGAUUCCAAAAAAUAAAGGCUCAUGACAUUUUUUUCUAGACAGAAUAAGUAAUGUUUCCAUUUUCAGAAAGUCGGUACAAUUUGGAUCCACGGGUAUAGUCUUAGGCAAGAUCAUCUGCAUUAUGGAAAGUUAUCUUUCAUAUAUCAUCACGUCUAUGACAUUGGCGAUUUUCACAGUUGUUUAUGGUGCAUCAUGUUGGAGACACAUGGAUAAAGUAUCCAUCUGUGACCUACACGAUCUAUAAAACUUGGACAUUUUUAUAAAUAAAUAUUGCGAAAGCAUCCUACUCCACCCUUUAAACAUUUGUAUGUCCACACUGCUACAUUUAUGUUUAAAAACAGUCAUUACUGUCCAUUUUCGGCUUACGUCCACACUACCCAGCGUUUUCAAAACCCCGUCCAGCGCCAUAUAGUUCUAAAAAUGCCAGCUUAGCAUUGCAAUGUGAAUGGCUGAAAACACAGACUCUAAUUGCAUUCUGAUUUGUUUGUGCUUUUUAUGUAGCCUUUUCCCAGUUGGAUCCUGCCCAUUACAACGUCGCACUCCCUCAUGGGUCACCUUUCUUUGAAGAAAACCAUAUUCCAACAUAAGUUACUUCCCAUGGUGCUUGUUGUCCUGCAUACCUGUACGCACCUAAAUUAAAUUUGGUACAAUUUGAAUGCUGCAUACAUCUGCAAGAAGCAAAUACUUUACUAGGCGAUAAAGUUUUGUGAUACAUCCCAUGGCCAGCAGCAGUUCCAUCCCUUCAAGGAUUUUUCUGCCUUUGCGGGCAUGUAUGUCCAAUGUAGGCGAACAUCUCCGUGGUAUGCAGUUUUGGUCCUUAAGUAUUAUUAUCCUUUUCGUAAACGAUGUGAAAACACUAGUGUGGACAAAGAUCAUUUUUUGUUUAAAACCACUGUUGUUAAAUGAACAUGUAGCAGUGUGGAUGUAACCUUAAUUAAAAGAGCAGCAUAUCUGUCCAUUAGAAAUGUCUUCAUAAUGGCAUGGAGUUACGCUGCAAAUAUUUUACGAUUACGAUGUACAAAAAGGUGUCACCUAGUUUCAGCUUCAAAUACAUUUAUUUACGAAUUGUCUUAUCUUUCUGAUUUAAAACCUGUUUCUAAUCCUUUCCUUUUUAUUUGAAUUUAGAGUAUUUGCUCUAUAUUUAUUAAUUAAAAGCGUUUUAACUAAGAAGAAUAGGCACAUGAAGAAUGUAUACAGUGAGAAUUAGAUAAAAAUAGACAAAAUCUACAACCUGAAAUUGUUCACAUACUCAUUAACAUUGAUCCAUUUUUCUCCAUCAAUACAAUUAUAAGUCAUGUUUCCAAACAAUUCUGUGAACAAUUACUCAUCCUAUGAGAACAUGCAAUGUGUUUUAUUGAUUAAGAAAAUAAGAAAGGCAAUUGUAAGCAACAACGCUCCAUUGUGAUGAGCUUCUCAAGCCUUUUAGAGCAGAAGAUUUAACCUUUGCAAUUCUGCUUUCUUUAAGACCAACGCUGAAUUCUUAAUGACUAGCAUAAAGGAUACACUAUAUCGGUCCAGUCUAAGAAGUUCAGUGAAGUUAGAAGCAAAGAAAAAUGUGUCAUGGUAUGGACCAGAUAGUCAGAACAAAUCAAAUACAGUCUGUGUGACUGCAUUAGAACAUUCUAAUUCACGCUCACCUACCGUAUUUAGUUUGCGUUAUUAUUAUUAACCCCAUUUCUAGCAUUGAGAUAAAUCUGGACUGGGGUGUCAGCCAUUCUUCGCAUUUCCACCUUUCAAAAUGGUGACAAUAUUUUUUUUCUUUAUCUUUGCUUACUACAGCAGUGUGAUCGCUGAAGUGCCUUAUACCGAUUACGAAGCUGCCUGAUCUGUGAAAUGAAUACAACAGUAGAUCCAGUCACUUAACAGCAGCACAAAUAUCAAAUAAUUAAUAGGUAAUAAAAAUGAUGUACAUGAGGACAUUUCUUUGAAACAAUCAUAAUAUUUAAUUUGCACUUUCAAGAUGUUUUUCAUAUAUACUGAAUUGGAACAUCACCCAAUUGAAAAAGGGAAUAUUACUGUUAAGCUCACAUUAAAACAGAAAUACCAAUCAACUGAUCAAAAGCCAUCAAAAUUGUAUACCAAAGAAAAUUAAGUAGAAGGGGCAUUUGUCUGGAAUAUUUUAGUUGUGUAAAAGAAAAGAAUAUAUCCACAAAUAUUUCAAAACACGCAAAUUGUUUUUCUGUUACUGAUGGAUUGGCACUCAAUUAUAAGUGCUUCAAACAUUUGUCCUUUAUACAUACGUACAGUGUUAACAGUUUUCCCCGCAAUUUGCUUAAUGUCCUUUUCCUAAUAAUUGUCAGGAGCCUAAAACACAGAAUGAGAUACAGGGAUGUGGUCUUGAGUGGGCAUGGGAUGGCCAAUGCCGACCCAAAGGGUCAUCUGUUGACUCAAUGAGAAAAAAAAUCAGUAAAUAUAAAGUUUUACAUUUUUGGCCAUUUGAAGUGACCACCCCUGGAUUGACAUCCUAGUAACGCCACCAAGGGGGUGACACGGUGACACGUUUAUCGACCCUCCAGCGACUUCGGUUUCAGGUUACUGUUUGUGUGGAGGUCUCUGACAUCUGCAAGGCUUUUCUCCAGGUCCAUUUCCAGCUGCGUCCUCAAGAGGUGAAUACUCAUGUAAAGACCCAAUAUGUACACGAGCAUAUCCUCCCAUCCACACAUACAGUAGGUAAUGCCUUAUGCCCAGUGCUGCUAGACUAGGCCCAGGCUCAGGAAGAUGACAAAAUGAAAGAAUCAAUCAGUUAAUAUUAUAAUGUAUUUAAACAUAUUUUGAAGGGAGCUUUCUCCCAUUUUUACACAUACGAGUUAUAUUUGUUAGAGCUUAAGUUGCAUCUCUCCAUCCCAUAAUAGCUCAUUCAAUAUCAAAAACCAUCUUGUCUUAUAAGCACAUUUUUCCCAUUCCCUUGACUGAAUUAGUCAUUGGAAAUGAACUGCUGGCACCAGGUUUUCUCACAUGUUCAGAAUCUUAUAUUUUGUGUUUGUUUAUCUACUGUAUUUAAAAUAUAGAAGGUAAUGAUAUUUCCAACAAAAUUUUCAAUAAGGCUGUAUUAUUUGGAUUUGAUGACAAUAACUAAUACAUCAAUAUGCACAUUUUAAUCAUUUGGAUUUGAUGACAUCCAUUAAUAUAUCAGUACGCAGCUUUCAAUGUGGCUGUAUUGCUUGGAUUCGAUGACCGCACUGCUACAAACUAGUUCUGGAAAUGAACAGAUAGCUGCCCUUUUCAAAUAUUUAUAUUUUAUUGACGAGUGACAAUUAAAUAACUUUUUUUCCAGAACAUAACACGGAUAUUUAGUGCAUCAUAUACAUUAUUUAUUUCACUUAAGAAGAGAGAAAUGCUAAGAAUAGUUUGGUUUUCUUUUGUUUGUUCUGUUAACCUGUGUGCUUCCUGGAAAGAAGAAAUGCGAUAUUCAUUAGAAAGAGCUAUUUUGAUUGGGGAGCUGUAAGUUCAUACACACUCUAAAAGUUAAUAUGUGCCGGAUUGAGGGAACAAUAUUGAAUGAAAUGUUUAAAUAUAAUUCUAAUAAUAUAAUUAAUAUAUAUUAAUAAUUAAAUGUUGAGUGUUCCUGCGAAAUUCACAAUUCAGUGAUGUACUACUGGAACUGCAAGCAGUGCAACAAAACCUAAAAUACCCUUCUGUUCAUACUCAGAGGCAAAUUAUCCAGAAAGGACCCCCUCCUAAGUCGAUGCACCAAGUGUCACGGCUUAAAGGCUGGGGUCUGUAGUCCUGAGCAUGUUGGGCUGCACUGCUGCUGGUGGGAGAGACCACUUCAGGACAGCCCUUAAUAGAGUCAGUUAUCUUCCUUAAUAACACUCACUUUUACAGUUUGUUAAUCUUUUAUUAUAAAUAAACUCUUAAUAACACUGACACUAAAACCAGGGUGCCACCUUGUAUAAAUAAUUUGGGUUAUUGACUUCAAAGUCCUGACAAAUGUUACAAAACGCCUUUGGCUACAUCUACACCACUACCUUUUCUUUUAAAAACACAGACAUUAGUCUCCAUCUUCACCUUUUGUCUACACAACUGCUAUGUUUUUAACUUCUGAAAAAUGAGACUUGUGAAAAUACUCUCCACUGCCAUAUAUUUCUGAAAACACCCAUUUGAAAUUUCAGUGUGAAUGAGCAAACACGUAGUUCUGAAAACGCAGACUCUUAAUUAUGCACUGAUUUGCGCGUGCUUAUUACGUAGCCCUUCGAUGAUUGGAUUCUACCCACUGCAACAUCUCAUUGCCUUAUUGGUCACCCUUAGCAGAAGACAACCAUAUUCUAAAACAGUGAACAUAGUGAAGUUGCUUUUCAUGGUGCUUGUUGUGCUGCUUACCUGAAUGCACCUAAGGUUCAUUUCGGACAGUUUGAAUGCUGCAAACAUGCACAAAAGUCAAAUCAUUUACCAGUCACUACAGUUUUGCAAUAAAUCAUGUUAGUUGUCGUGUUAACGGCCCUUCUGAGGAUUUUGUUUUAACAUCUACAGUAUGUUAUAUGUGUUUUCAGUCAUUUUAAUAUAGAAGGAGAUACUGUCCACUGCUACUGCCGUUUAAAAACUCCAAUUUUAAAUGAAAACGUAGUAGUAUGGAUGUAACCUAUAGGUGAACCAACAGACCAUCUUCUCUUUAAACAUUUAAAGGAAACAUUUCUUUUCAAUAAAGGCUAUAUUAAGUUGAUUAUAAUAAUAAGUUAGAUAUUACAAUUUACAGUAGUUAAAGGAAAUUAAAAGCAAUGAAUGUUAUUGUUUGAAACAUUUUCUUUUAUAGGGGGGAGAAAUCAGUAGGGUUCAUAUCUUACUGUUCAUCAAUGUCUUUAAAUAGUUUAGAUAGAAAAUUCAUUAGUUUAAAAAAAUGUCAAUGAUCAUUUGCUUAAUUAUAUUGUUGAAGUAAUUAGGAGAUAAGGUGAUGUUCAUUUUUUUCUUGCUAUAUUGUGUAUUAUUUUUUAUUGUGUGAUAAGAAUGCUUUAAUUAUUUUUUCAGUGUUACUGUGCAUUCCUCAUUCUAACACAUGCAUAAUUGUAAUUUUACAUUUUGCUCAGAUUUCAGUAAAACAAAGCAAGCCAUCAAAAGGGCUGUUGCUCUCAAACAGAAGAAAUAAACCAAGCAGUUUUACAGAGAGGGAGAGAGGGGGAGAUCUAAAAUCAAGUUGUCAUAAUGUCAUGCUAUUGCACCUUAACGAAUGCCAUAAUGCAUAUUAGAAAUACUCCCUUUUUUAUUGUAAAUUUCGUAUGAAGGAAAUAGAAAAGUUGUCUUAUUGAUUAACUAUCUAAACCCAAGGCUUCCUCCCAGUUGUGGAAACAAAAAGACCUGAUUGAGUCAAAAACGUAUAUUUCACUUGUUUGCAUUUUCCAGACUAUUUCACUUGCAAUGCUGCACAUGACUAUUGUUUGUCAAAUGCAUCAUUUAUAGCAAUAAGCAUCUAUCUGACAAUCCUUCCCACCUGGGUAACGUUUUGUUUUGUUUUUUUUGCGCUUUUCAGUAAAUUAUAUAACUAUUUCAAUGUGUAUCUGGUUCAUGGUUUCAUAAGCCUUCAAAGCAAAUGGAAUUUAUUGAGCAUCUCUUGAGAUUGUUACAAUAAUUAGUUGAGCUGUGCUUGCUGGUGAAUAAAGAAAGAAGUGUUAAAAAGUCAAGACUAUAAAUACCUCUGCAAUCUGUUUCCUUCAGAAUGAUUGGAAUAUAAACACCAUUAAGCCCCUUGAUUACAUUAUAAGACUGUCAGGAAUGAAUUAAUGUGUUCAACAACAUGUUAAAGAAUGUUAAAAUAUUUUUUUAAUCUUUAAUAAUGUAAUAUUGCUCAUGAAGAAUCGUUAGUUUAAACAUGUGAGAUGUGAUGUUAUAAACUGGUGGAACUGGACAGCUGUGGAUUUCUCAAAUAUCCUCUCAGUUGCUUGUAUAUUAAUCUUAACCUGUUUUAAAUAUUUUUUUUCCUCUUUUUUUAAAUCACAAAGGAGUUUUGUGGCUGGGGUGGGGGGAGUGUGUCAUUUUUGUACCAUUUUUUGUGACUUGCAUAUCUGAAUGGAGUAACCAAUAGCAAUCAAUUUCCUGGCAACUGUGCACAUUUUAGUAUUAGCUACUAAAUGAAUCAAUUGACUGUGUGAUUAAUCUGUGUACUAAUAGCUACAAUAAAAUCUGAAAGGGAAAACAGGA